ACGCCGCGUUCACCGCCGCGGCGUCAACUACGUCUGAGCGGCGGCGGUACGGCGUCGUCGUGCACCUGAGUAUGCGGACCGCCGACACUACGGCGCCACGGAGACAGACCACAGUCGACUCACCGGACAACACCAACUAUAUCCCCUCUCUGCUUAGCACGGCAGUUGAAGUGGGCCGAAAUGGGAGCAGCAUGUCUUGGUCCACGAAGAAUCUCAUAAAAAGUUUGACCAAGGAAAGGUCGGCCAUUUGAAGUAGGGAUCGACCACUACCGAAUUUGCAGAUGUACGAAUCAGUAGAUAUGACUACCCCUAUGCCGAUAGAGGUCGACCACUACAAAUCGAAAAGUUGUUAAGGAUCAUAAUUAUUUAGAAAAAACAAUAUGUUAAAGUACAGGGUGUUCCUAAACAAAAAUAAAAAAAGUUCAUAUAAACAUGUG